CUAAUGUGCCAACAACAUAAGCACCAACAUCUAUAGUGCAAACAACAACAACGGCACCAAUAUAUACUGUGCAAACAACUACAUCAACACCAACAUAUACUGUGCCAAUAACAACUUCAACACCAAUGUCUAGUUUGCCGAUAAUAACUUCAGCACCAACAUUAACUCAGAAAACAACCACAACAGCAGCACCAACGUCUACUGUGCCAAGAACAACAGUGGCACCAACAUCUACUGUUCCAACAACAACAGCACCAACAUCUUCUGUGCCAACAACAGCAGUAGCACCAUCUUCUGUGCUAACAAUAGCAGCACCAACAUCUACUGUGUCAAACACAACAAUAGCUCCAUUAAUAUCUACAACACCAGAAACUACUCCAGCUAUAACAACAGCAGCACCAAAAUCUACUGUAUCGACAAAAACGUUAACACUAUCAUCUAUUGUUUCAACAACACCUAUAGCACCAACAGCUACUAUGCCAACAACAACUAGAGCACCAACAUCUACUGUGGCAACACCAACCUCUUCCUUGCAUGCAAUCCUUACAGCUGCACAGACUUCUAAGGUCAAUGCAACAACAGCCAAGUUCAGUUCCUCCACUCAGUUAACUGCUAAAACAACAGCACUGAAAACCGAUUUUGUCCCUGUGACAAAAUCAUCUACAAGAAUACCCACUACAACUACAAAAGCUACAACUAAAACUACUUUAACCACUACUUCAACCACCACAACAACCCAUCCAACCAUCAAAACCACCACUGUAUCCAAAGAUCCUCCUGGGCGUUCCGAAGGCUUCUUGUUUUUGAACAUCCAAGUCAGACGUAAUUUCAUUGUAGCACUCUCUGAUUCAGCAACAACUGAGUAUCAAAGUCUUUCAAGAAACAUCACAACAGAGCUGAAUCGUGGAUAUUUGAUUUUAUAUCCAUUCACUUUCCUGAGGUGUAUUAUUAUUCGAUUCAUCCCUGGUGUAUCACGCAUAAAUCGUAGAGACCUGAAAGAUGUCACCAUUCUCUCUAAUAUAGUAGAUGUUGAAACACAGCUGAUCUUUAAAAAUCAGUCAGUUGUACCAAAUAUAACCAAUGCUGUGGAAUCGCUAAGAUCAGCCCUAAAUGCCUCUCAAGUUUUCCUUGAUAUCAUCCCAUCAAGCAUCACGGUAGUGGCAAGAAAUGAUACUGCAACAACAUCUGCACCAAAUACAACUAUCAUGACAACAAACAUCCCUACUGCCCUCACAACAUCCAGCACAUCUUUUCUGAAGACCAGUGUAAUGCAAAUUAUCUGCUUCAUGUUUCUUGUUCUUCUCAUUUGCUCAUAAACAGCCGAAUAAAUCAUGACACUGAGCAGAAUUCAGUUUAACUACACACAGCACCUUAAGGAAUGAUGCUUUCUAA